UCUCUCCCUCCCUCCUGUAAUCCCUCUAAACUCACCUGUCUGGCAGAACCAGAAAGUCCACACCUCCCCAAAACUAACUUCUGUGGAAACGAAACUGAUCUGAGUCUCUCUGUGGUCUGUCUGUGUGAGAGUGAACAACCAUCCAAAUGGCUCAACAGGGAGAUCUGCUGGACCAGGACCAGUUCUGUUGUUCUGUCUGUCUGGAUCUACUGAAGGAGCCGGUCACUACUGCCUGUGGACACAAUUACUGUAGAAUCUGUAUUGAGGGCUGCUGGGAUCAGGAUGUUCUGAAAGGGGUCUAUAGCUGUCCUCAGUGCAGAGAGACCUUCACUCCAAGGCCUAAUCUGAGGAAAAAUAACAUGUUGGCUGAGCUGGUGGAGAAACAGAAGAAGACAGGACUACAGGCUGCUCCUCCUCCUGCUCUGUGCUAUGCUGGACCUGGAGAUGUGGCGUGUGAUGUCUGCACUGGGACCAGAAAGCAGAAAGCCCUCAUGUCCUGUCUGGUGUGUCUGGCCUCUUACUGUGAGACUCACCUCCAAUCUCACUAUGAAUCUCCUGCUUUGAAGAAGCACAAGCUGGUCAAAGCCACGGCACAUCUACAGGAGAAGAUCUGCUCUCAUCAUGACAAACUGCUGGAGGUUUACUGUCGUACCGAUCAGCAGUGUAUCUGUCUGCUGUGUGUGAUGGAUGAACAUAAAGGCCAUGAUACAGUGUCAGCUGCAGCAGAGAGGACUGAGAAACAGAGGCAGCUGGGGAUGAGUCAGCAGAAGGUCCAGCAGAGAUUCCAGGAGAGAGAGAAGGAGCUGAAGAAUCUCCAAAAAGCUGUGAAGUCUCUCAAGCGCUCUGCACAGUCAGCAGUGGAGGACAGUGAUCAGAUCUUUACUGAGCUGAUCCGCUCCAUUGAGAGAAGGAGCUCUGAGGUGAAGGAGCUGAUCAGAGCCCAAGAGAAGGCUCAAGUGAGUCAAGCUGAAGGACUCCUGGAGCAACUGAAGCAGGAGAUAGCUGAGCUGAGGAAGAGAAGCACUGAGCUGGAGCAGCUCUCACACACAGAGGAUCAAAUCCAUUUCCUCCAGAGGUAUCAGUCUCUCUCCAGUAUCAGUGUAUCUUCAGACUUACCCAGCAUUGUUGUCCGUCCUCUUCAGUACUUUGGAGAUGUGAGUAAGACUGUGUCUGAACUGAGAGAGAAACUAGAAGACUUCCUUAAAGGAGAAUGGACCAAGAUCUCCACUACAGUGAAUAUAGUGGAUGUUGUACUGCCUCCAGAGCCCAAGACCAGAGAACAGUUGUUACAAUGUGAAGGUGUGUCAAAUGGAAGGGCAAGUCUCACCACUGAGAGGAAAACAUCACUGGUCCACCUCUGCAUCAGGUCAGCUAUGUUGAUCAGUACUGUCCCAGGGAUGCUGGGAGCAGAGAUGAACUCCCCUGACCUGGUACCACCUAUGGAGUUGUCAUUUUAAUAUCAGUUUAACCCCAUUACUGCUAUAACACAUAAACCAUGUUAAUAG